AUGCCCGUUUCCGCCACGCCAUUGCACUUAAGCCCCGGCGACCUGUCGUCCUACAUCCGCCUCAUGACGAACAUGUAUGACCAUCCCAAGGACAUAACAGCCUUAACUGUCAGAGGGGAGGUGUACAAUACCAAGGGGACACUGACGCUACUGUCAGACGAUGACGCCAACGAGGCUGACAUCAAGAGGCAGAGCAUAAAAGCCCGCGACAAGGGAUUGUCAUUAUGGCAGCUUAGUGCAGAGAAUCUCAAGACUCUUGGCAAGAAGUACGGCCGAAGCACGGGAUUUGGCACCGACUUUCUCCUAGAGCGUGAACAGCUAGAUGCCGCCAAAAUUGAAGAUCUCCAUCGCCGUUGGAAAUUGGCAACGGCAUCGACAUGGACUGCACACCCAAUGAUGAAGAAUAUUUUGAAGUUCAAGGGUUUUCCAUCCUUAGCAAAGCACAUGAUUAAAGCCCCCAGAGGCAGUUGA